CAGGCAAACAGCAAACCUUAGGAAAAGGGUCUGCUAACCUAUCUGCCUUCUCUCUAGAGACACGUUCCUCUGCCACCAGAAACCACCAUGGCAGAGACCAACAGCUGGUGGAAGCUCACCUUCCUGCGGAAGAAGAAAUCCACCCCCAAGGUCCUGUACGAAAGCCCAGACAUCUAUGCUAACGAGAACCACCAGGAGGCCACACGGACAGAAGCAGGGAGCAACGGUGGCGCCGAGAGUGAAUUCAAUGCCCGGCUGGAGAAGAUCGUGGAUAAGAACACAAAAGGCAAACAUGUCAAGGUCUCCAACUCCGGGCGUUUCAAGGAGAAGAAGAAAGUGCGAGCCACGCUGGCUGAAAACCCCAACCUCUUCGCCGAUGGCGAGCGGGAGGAGAAGUGAGGCAGGGGAAAGCAGGCAUUGGGGGGAAAGCGCUGCAGGGUGGGACCAACGCCCUGAGGCCCUUGCGCAUGGACCCGUCACGACUCAGAGCCAGCCUAGAUGUCAAUUCUGUUCUCUCCGCAAAUGAAGUAACAAGGGGGCAGGGGCCACCCUGCUGUAGAUUUCAAAGACUUUCGGUCCUGACGUGCACUCGCGAAGGAGAAAGGACUCGAUACUUUUUAUUUAAUACAAAUCAUCAUAUUUAAAAUAAAUGCCACUGGGGGAUUGUCAUGAGCUGGAGGUGUCCAGGUCUUGCUCUGAAGCCUUGGAGGUGGGGAGGAGUCAAACACAGAGCAGCUCAGAGGCCUCUUGCAAACACCCUCAGCGGUGCCCAAGAGCCCGUGGCUAGAGCCAGCGGUUGAUGCAGGGGGCCAUGGGAUGGGAGGAGCCAGUUCAUUCUCAUCCACCCUGUUGUUCUACCACUGCACCUAGAAGAUGGCUGAGAAGGGCUAGGAACUUCAUCUGGCUCGGCCCUGGGGGAUUUCCCAGCAACUAGCCUCCGCUCUGUCCGCACCCACCGACACAGGAAAGGUAAACAUAAGAUUGGCUGAGAGACAGGGUUGCACCUUUUAAUACCACAGAGAUUAUUCCCUGGCCUGGGAAAGAGAAAUACUUGGCCACAGGCAGUCACCAGCUGAACUGCACCACUCAAGGCAGAAUUAGGAAUAGGACCCGUGAUCUUCAUGUCCUGGAUAGCAGCACUCAGCCAGUUGAGCUAAAGGAGAACCACCCUUAGCUGUAGCAAUAGCCUCUCUUGGCCUCUGGCUACUACAGAGCAACACUUGGAUAGAUCUGAUCUUCCAGCCAGCGGGGGGCACUGGGGUAAGAGAACUAAAGAUUCCACUGAUAGGAAAAACUGCUGCCAGUCGGGUGGGGGGUCUGGGGGCUUUGGAACGGGGUUACGGCCCUGAGAGCUUAUUUUCUUUGACUCACUUUCUCUCACUGCUGGGCACUGGCUGAUGUAGAAACCAGCUGGAGUCUGCCAGAGUGACUCUCUAAGAGGAGAAGACAGACAGUCUCGUGAUUAGCACGGGAGCACCGGGAAUGAGAAAGCCUGGACUAUGCCUCGGUUUCCUGCAAUGAGCAAUAAGGGGCCAUCUUUUGAGUCAGCUUUCGGACCAUAAUCUCACUUUUAAAGUUUCCUUCUGCACAGGUGAAAAAUGCUGAAGGACACGCUAAUGUUCCCAGUAACUUAAAUUCAAGGUUAUUUGUUAACUGCAUUCAUCUGCCUCUGAGUGGCUACCAGCCACACGUACCUGGCAGCCCAGGUGGACUUUAGCAGCAGAGAUUCUAAUAACUCACUCAUCAAGCCAUUUUGCACUCAUAAAACGCGCAUGUUUUGCUGAACUUUGUGCACAGCAGCAGCUGCUGAAUUCACGUUGUUUCUGGCCGAAGCGCCUGUUGCAAUGAUGCAGAAUUCCCCCCCCCCGGGUUACAAAAGGAAAAGUUUGCUGGCCCUUUUAAUUUCCAAGAGCCAUUUUGCUGCUGCUACUUUAGAGGCCUUGAUCUUCCUGGCUGGUGCUUUCUUCAUGUUCAGAGUCACUAAUUCAUGGGGUGGGCAGUUAAAAGGUGAACCGUUCCCCAUGCUUGUGAGAGUGAGGUUUAGCCACUGUACGCAAAGUGUAGGCCAGUUGCGGUGGCUUAUGGGGGGGUGGGGUAACACCUUGCACCCUUAAGAGACAAAACACGCUUGUAGCUCAUAGUUAGGGUUCAUAUCCGGAGCCUGACACUGAUUUGUUUUUUGAAGAUGCAUCUUUUGUAAGUGUUUAUAGAUGUUCUUUGUUAAUAAACAAACCUGAAAACAAAGGGAGCUCAGUGGUUGAUCUGUGAAAACACUCCAGGGCUUGGAUCAGAUUGAAAACUGUUCUGCUUGGAAAG